AUGUCUUUAGUCCCAUAUUCAUCUCGAGACAGUCGGGAGAUUGUGCUUCGCCAUGAUGAUGCAAUCGUCAUUCGAGAUCCCAACACUCAAGAAUUGGCUCUGCGAAGUGCCCCUCCCAGUCUUGCCUUGAAUGAUUGCCCUACAUGUCAUCGACCAUUGCGUACUGCGUCUCCCGAGCGACAACCUACGACCUCUACUCACGCGAAUACAUUCAUAGCCCCAGAAUACUUUCGCAUGCUUCACGUUGCGAAUAGUGGUUCGAAUAGACAACGGCCCUCAAGUCCGAUUCGCAGGCUCGUACAGCCUGCCUCAACGUCCACGAAUUAUGUGGAUGAUGCAGAAAAUAAUGUGGAAUUUGUGACGAGUACUCCAGCAGUAGAAAAAGGCCACACUAUAAAGAAGGAAGCUUUCAGCCCAAACUACUUCAAGAGAUUCUUCACCGAGGAGAAGGAAUUAGGCCGUGGAGGGAAGGGUGCCAAUUUGCGUGCAAAAGAGUACCAGUUGGAGAUGAUCAUGCAUGUCCUUAUCGAGGUUCAACUUUUGCAAGGACUUUCUCAUCCAAAUCUUGUAUCUUAUCGACAUGUCUGGCUGGAAGAUGUUCAAUUGAAUCGAUUCAGUCCCUCGGUACCAUGCGCCUACAUACUUCAACAAUAUUGCAAUUCGGGAGACCUACUACGUUAUAUCGCUGGACCUACACCUAAAAUGCAGACCACAAAUGAACAAUUGAAGGAGAAAAUGCGGAGGAGAUCGAAGGGGGGUGUAGAGCGACCAGACCUGAGAUCAUCACAACGAAAGUUGCAGUUUGAGGAAAUUUAUUCGUUCUUCAAGGAUAUUACUUCUGGUCUCGCACAUCUACACUCCUCGAACUAUAUCCAUCGCGACCUGAAACCAAGCAACUGCUUGCUCCAUCAAGACGGAAGUGAUAUGCGAUGUCUCAUCAGCGAUUUUGGGGAAGUUCAAGCGGAAAAUGUUGUGAGAAAGUCGACAGGAUCUACGGGCACAAUAUCAUAUUGUGCUCCUGAGGUUUUGAAACAAGAUCAAUUUGGUCGAUAUGGAAAUUUUACCACAAAAUCUGACAUCUUCAGCUUGGGGAUGAUAUUGUAUUUCAUGUGUUUCCGUCGGCUUCCUUACAAGAGUGCAGACAGCUUCGAAGAAGACUUUGAAGACAUGGAUCUACUUCGAGCUGAAAUUAGCACAUGGUCAGGAUUUCAGGAUGAGCGGCGAGAGCGACCAGAAUUGCCAAAUCAGCUAUACAUCUUUCUCAAAAGACUUCUCGCCGUCAACCCUAAUGAUAGACCUAGUGCAAAUGAAAUUUUAGAAGCAAUCAGGACUGAAAGGGGACUACAGAAUCCAACACGCGUACGGCAUGGCAGUGCAUCGGGAAUUUGUGGAAGGAUUCAAGCAAUUGACUCACCCAUGCCACCCUCGACACCUGUCAACGAGCGUGAACCGAAGCGCGUGCGCUCAAGAGCAUACAUGGAAGAUGCUUUAUCUGAGACCUCAUCUCGUUCAUCAUCGCCCAUGCCAGAUUCUCAACUCGCUGUCGGAAUCAGCCGACAUCACAAUUCUGUUCCUGUAUCAAAGCCCUCUAUUACCACCCCACUGUUGAUGCCACCACCCACCACAUUCAUAUCCUCCUUACUGAAUCGCUUAUCCCUUUACCGUCACUACAGCGAAACAUGGGCUCAACACAACGAGCAAUCUCUUACUCUACUAGGAAAUUUAUUGCAUCUUAAGGUGCAGGAUUUGAACACACCUACCAGACAAGGCGUUUGCAUUCAUGAAUCAAAUGAGACAUGA